GCCCUCCGUUUGGAAGCAGCUGCUACUCUGCAGACUUCAUUGUUACAUUGCUGACCUUUGUCAUCAGGAAUGCCCCUAGAGAAAACAGCCUCCUAAUUGUUUUUCUUAAGCCUCUAUGAAGUUUGUGAUAUGUCCUUUCAAGUUACUUUUGGUUACUUUCUUAAGUUUACUUUGUUUACAUUUAAUUGGAGGCCCCAUCUUUUUAGCUUUAUCAUGAAUUGUCAGUUCUGAGUUACUGGUAGGUGGUAAAAAAGAAUUGCCCUUUCCCUGUUGUCCUGUUCUGCAGGAAGCCUUUGUGGUUUAGAUUCACAGUUUCCCAUUGUUGCUAGCUGCAGUUGUCUCCUCCCUCCUGUACCCUUCCCUCCCCACAACUCAGGCUCUUCCCUUGGCCCUCCUCAUUCCUGGAUCCCUUGCCCCACAAAUGCCCUUGGGAUUGCUGGAGUUUGAACGUGCUGCUGUCUGUUGGAAAAAAUCUUCAGUCUACAAGAAGCGUCAUCAACAAGUCUAAGGAAUACAUCCUACCAUAAUCCUGGAUUCUGUUGGAGUUGAGGACUACAGCCACUUCACCACUAUUUUAUGGAGGCAAUUCAAGAAAAAUAGAAGGGCAGAAUACCUAAGGAUUUCUCUGUAUUAGUACUGUGCCAUGUUAAAUUUUGGGUAUUGUUUGGAGCAAGUUGGGGACGGCUCUGUCAUGUGGAUCUAAGAAGAUACCUGAGUUCCUUGAGCUACAUAGAUGAUGUUUGGAAGGUUGUAAACUCAAAGUAUUUCAACAUAAAUUCAUUGAAUUCUGGAUUCUCUUUUACAAGUCAGGACUUCAGCAGACAGAAACUCUCUCCCAAAAAGAUACAAAGUCUUUUCUGAGUUUUCAAGCUAAAUGUGAACAAUAAUGUCUUGGAAAAGAAACUAUUUUUCAGGGGGCCGUGGUAGUGUCCAAGGGAUGUUUGCACCUCGAAGCUCAACCUCCAUAGCCCCCAGCAAAGGCCUCAGCAAUGAGCCAGGACAAAACAGCUGCUUCCUCAACAGUGCCCUGCAGGUUUUAUGGCACUUGGACAUCUUCCGACGUAGCUUUAGGCAGCUUACAACUCACAAGUGCAUGGGCGAUUCCUGCAUCUUUUGUGCUCUCAAGGGAAUCUUUAACCAGUUUCAGUGUAGUAGUGAAAAAGUGCUUCCAUCUGACACUCUCCGCAGUGCUCUGGCAAAGACUUUCCAGGAUGAACAGCGUUUCCAGCUGGGAAUUAUGGAUGAUGCUGCAGAGUGCUUUGAAAACCUCCUGAUGAGAAUUCACUUCCACAUUGCUGAUGAAACCAAAGAGGAUAUAUGUACUGCCCAACACUGCAUCUCCCACCAGAAAUUUGCAAUGACAUUGUUUGAACAGUGUGUGUGUACUAGCUGUGGUGCCACUUCUGAUCCGCUGCCUUUCAUCCAGAUGGUGCAUUACAUCUCCACUACUUCCCUUUGCAAUCAGGCUAUUUGUAUGCUGGAAAGGCGAGAAAAACCCUCACCAAGCAUGUUUGGUGAGCUGCUGCAAAAUGCCAGCACCAUGGGAGAUCUGCGGAACUGUCCGAGCAACUGUGGUGAAAGGAUUCGGAUUCGCCGUGUGUUGAUGAAUGCUCCACAGAUUAUCACAAUCGGGCUGGUAUGGGACUCAGAUCACUCCGACUUGGCAGAGGAUGUCAUUCACAGCCUGGGUACCUGCCUUAAGCUGGGUGAUCUGUUUUUCAGAGUGACAGAUGACCGGGCCAAGCAGUCUGAAUUGUACUUAGUAGGAAUGAUCUGUUACUAUGGCAAACAUUAUUCUACAUUCUUUUUCCAAACAAAGAUCCGCAAAUGGAUGUAUUUUGAUGAUGCUCAUGUCAAGGAGAUUGGGCCUAAAUGGAAGGAUGUGGUGACCAAAUGCAUCAAGGGGCAUUAUCAGCCUUUGCUACUGCUUUAUGCAGACCCCCAGGGUACCCCAGUGUCCACCCAGGACCUGCCUCCCCAAGUUGAGUUCCAGUCAUACAGCAGGACGUGCUAUGAUAGUGAAGAUUCAGGGAGGGAGCCCUCCAUCUCAAGUGACACUCGAACAGAUUCCUCAACGGAGAGCUAUCCCUACAAACACUCCCACCAUGAGUCUGUGGUCAGUCACUUCUCUUCUGAUUCUCAGGGGACAGUCAUCUAUAAUGUGGAGAAUGAUUCCACGUCUCAGAGCAGUCGGGACACAGGACACCUGACUGAUAGUGAAUGUAAUCAGAAACUCACAUCCAAGAAAGGGUCACUGAUAGAACGCAAGAGGAGCUGUGGCCGGGUUAGGAGGAAAGGCGAUGAGCCACAGGCCUCGGGGUACCACAGUGAAGGAGAAACACUGAAAGAGAAACAGGCUCCUAGGAAUGCCUCUAAACCAUCCAGCAGCACCAAUAGACUAAGAGAUUUUAAAGAGACAGUUAGCAAUAUGAUUCACAACAGACCAUCCCUGGCUUCUCAGACCAACCUAGGAUCUCCCUGUGUGGGGAAGGGAGGAGACCAGACUGACAAAAAGCCUCCUAGGAACCUGUCUUUACACUCUCGUGACUGGGAAGUAGAGAGUACCAGCAGUGAGUCAAAAUCCAGUUCUUCUAGCAAGUAUCGUCCAACGUGGAGACCCAAACGGGAGUCUCUGAAUAUUGACAGCAUCUUUAGUAAGGACAAAAGGAAGCACUGUGGCUAUACCCAGCUUAGCCCCUUUUCUGAGGAUUCAGCUAAAGAAUUUACACCAGAUGAACUAAGCAAGCCACCGGCUUACGACAUUAAAACUGGUGGACCAAGCCCCCAAUACAAGCCCUGGGGCCCAGCACGGCCAGGCUCUCACCUUUUAGAACAGCACCCUCGCCUAAUACAGCGAAUGGAAUCUGGCUAUGAGAGCAGUGAGAGGAACAGCAGCAGCCCUGUCAGCCUGGAUGCAGCCCUGCCUGAGAGCUCUAGUGUCUGCAGGGAUCCAAGUGCUAAGAGAUCAGCUGGAUUGGCACCUUCCUGGCGUCACAUUCCAAAGUCUCACAGCAGUAGCAUACUGGAUGCAGACUCCAUAGCAUCCAGGAGUAGCUGGACAAAGAAUCAGCCCCUGUCAGGUGGGGAGAUAUCUUCCAAAAGCGAACUGGAUGAACUGCAGGAGGAAGUGGCCAGGAGGGCCCAGGAACAGGAACUUCGAAGGAAACGGGAGAAGGAAUUAGAGGCAGCUAAAGGGUUUAAUCCUCAUCCCAGCCGCUUCAUGGACUUGGAUGAACUGCAGAAUCAGGGGAGGAGUGACGGCUUUGAGAGGUCCUUGCAAGAGGCAGAUUCAGUGUUUGAAGAGUCGCUGCAUCUGGAACAGAAGGGAGACUGUGCUGCCGCUUUGGCUCUCUGUAACGAAGCUAUCUCUAAACUAAGACUUGCCCUGCAUGGUGCCAGCUCUAGCACGCACAGCAGAGCCCUAGUCGAUAAGAAGUUGCAAAUCAGUAUUCGAAAAGCACGGAGCCUGCAGGAGCGCAUGCAGCAGCAGCAAUCAUCGCCUCGGCCGCCGCAGCCCUCAGCCUGCCUCCCCUCGCAGGGGGCAGCCCUCCCUCAGCCAACAAGUGAACAGCCUAUCCCGCUCCAAGUAUUGUUAAGCCAGGAGGCUCAACUGGAACCCUGCACGAAUACAGAGUUUGGGGCCAGUUCUUUCAUCCACUCACCUGCUUCCUGCCAUGAGUCACACUCAUCACUAUUCCCAGAGUCAUCUGCCCUGUCUGCCCCCCAGCACAAUUCCCCUACUAGGUCUGCCUCAAACCUUCUGACUUCAGUUGAGGAGGACAACAUUGACCCUUCUGCACUCCACAGGCAGGCCUUACUUAAAACACCAGGGAGGACUGAGAAGAAUGCUCAUUAUGGUUGGGAACCAUUGGAUGUACCAGAGGGUAAGCUGCAAGGCUACAGGGGUGACAACAGCAGCUGUACCAGGUUCCCCCCACAAGAAGGAAGAGGCAUUGAUCAAGAACAGCUAUUCCAAGAGAAGAGGGAUCCUGCUGUCUCAUCCCAGGUGAUGCCUUGGUCACACUCAACUGGAACAGAUACCUCUGAGAGAGGAGAUGCACACAGCCUAGGCUGUAGUCCUUCAAGUUCAUCAGCUCAGCCCAGCCUUCCCCUGUACAGGGCCUGCCACCCCGUAAUGCCUGCUGCUUCCUCACCUAUGCUUCACUCUCCUGAUACUGUGCAGAAAACUAACCAAUGCUUCCAAGCCAAAAGCCUCAAAACUUUGUUGAUUUCAAAAGUGGAUGGAGGCAGUGAGGAUCCCUGUAGGCCAGAGUUUCCCAGCACAAAGGGGCUUGUCCGCUCGCUAGCAGAGCAGUUCCAGAGGAUGCAAGGUGCCUCCUCAAAGGAUGGCACAGGUUCCCAGGAUAGAAGUUUGACAAAUAGUCUAAGGAAGAACUCUUCCCCUUCUGACUCUAAGCCUCCCUUCCUACAGGGUCAAGGGAAAGGCCAUUGGCCUUGGGCAAAACAACAAUCCUCCUUGGGUGGUAGGGACAGACUACCUUCCUGGGAAGAGCCUGCUGAUUAUCCUUCUCUUGCCAUGUACUCUGGGCUGCCUAAUAGUGAAACUUCUAGGGGAAGACAGCCCAGGUUGGCAGAACCAAGCAUGAACCAAGGAAAGCCAUCUCAAGUGAGAGAUGCUAGGCCUAAGGAACUGGGCAACAGUGUUGACUUGGGGACUUCCUUACCUUUGGACUCCUGGGUGAAUGUCACAAGGCUCUGUGAUUCUCAACUUAAACAUGGGGUCCCUGGGCCAGGAAUGAAGUCCUCCCCCCACGAUUCCCAUACCUGUGUAGCCUAUCCAGAAAAAAACCACAUCCUUUUGCAUCCACAUUGGAACCAAGACACAGAGCAGGAAACCUCAGAAUUGGAGUCUCUCUACCAAGCCAGUCUUCAGGCUUCUCAAGCUGGCUGUUCUGGAUGGGGGCAGCAAGAUGUGGCCUGGCACUCAUUUAACCAAACAGGUAAGAAUGCAACCAUGGGCAGGGGGAGUGGGGGACAUAAAAAAGCUAAAAGUGAGAGGACAAGAUCAGAAGAGGGGUGGCAUUCUGUCCAGAUAACAUCCCCAGCUUAGGAGGUGGUAGCAGAU